AUGCCCGAAUCUAAUGUAUCGCAAUCUGGCUCACGACGACAUAUACCAUUACGAUAUCGCUUGAGCAGCCUAUCUGACAACCAGAUAAGAACAUUAAAUAGGCGAACAGCAGAUCUCGGAGGAGAACCGUGGUUCAGACAUCUUAAGGUUGGGUCGCUUGUGCUCUGCGCAGGCAUUACAGUAUAUAUGGUUCUCUAUCAUGAUUGGAACCAGGAUGACCACGUUUUCAUGCCGAUACGCCGUUGGGUUGACGAGCGAAAACGAUCAUUUUGGUCACUUAGCAAUGAAGAAAAACAAGAAUUAAGGGAACAAGGAAAAAAAGUAGACUAA